GACUAGUGGAUUAAUUCAAACAACAAAUAAACAAAAUAAAUAGAUUGAGAAACGAUAAAAAGUAAUAACGAAGGAAAUAAAAAUUGUAAAAAAAAAGAUAGAAAAGGAAAAGGAAAAAGAAAGUACUGUGUAAUCCAUCAUCUUCAAUCCCUCUUCCUCUCUCCUUUCCUUCCCUCCACCCUCGCUAACUGCCCUCAUCAUAAUCAUCACCUUCGAGGCAAGACACCUACGGACGCACACACGCGAGGCGACUCAUGUAAACAAACACGAGGGCUGAGUGGCAGUGGUGGAGCAGCUCACCUGAGACUCCUCGCCAGGUAAACAAAAACGAGGGCUGAGUGGAAGUCGAGGUGGAGAAGCUCACCUGAGUACCCUCGAUAGCCAGCACUUGAAGGAAGAACCGGUUGGUCUGUGGUGGCAGGCUCUCCAAAGUAAGGUCUUGCAGUUCACGUCGGGAUUCGAAUCGUGACCUGUCCGCCGAAACCCAUUUUGUUCAGGAGCUUAACGGUGAACUCAAAAAGACCACAGCGAAUAAGAAGUGUUUGCCAGUCGUGAUUAUUUAAGAAAAAAGCAAAAAGGAAUAAAAAGGAAAGUGGUAUUUUUCUGUAUUUUGCGAAGAAACCAAUGAGAAAAAAAAUAGAUGAGUAAAGAAAGUUAAAGUUAGGAAAGAGAAAAGAAAUUAAGGGAUUUUAGUCAGAGGAAGAACACGUCAUCGGAAUACUCGAGAAUAACUGAGAAAAUAAAAAUGAGAAAAUAAAAAUACUUGUUUGUGCCAGUAUUACGUUUUCUGUGAUGGAAGACUAGUGUAAUUACAGACAGUCAUAAAGAAAUAAACCAAAAAAAAAAAAGAACAAAAGGAAAAAUAUCCAGACAUUAAGCAAAUGAAGUUAAGUGCAAGGAAAUUAACAAAAGAAAUAUAAGCCUCAAAAAAGAAUAAAAAAGCACCGCAAGAAGAAUAGAAAAAGAAAACGUGAAAGAAAUAAUAAAACGAACAAGAAUAAGAAAAUAACAAUGGAAAAAAAAAUAAUGUGUGUGCGUGCUUUGUGUAGUGCAUGCGUCCCUUGAGCAGCGGACCAAUCGCUAAUCGUCACUUGUCCGAUUGUGAUUGGUUGCUGAUUUCCCUGCUGGCUCCACGGCGGCUGUGAUUGGCGGCUUGAUCGUGUUGCGGCGCUCGUGUGUGGCUGAUGGCUUUGUUCCCGGCGACUCUCACCACAUACCGCCGCCACUGACUCACUGACUGAACGGAGGAAAGGGAAGGAAGCAACACCACUGUCUUACUAACAGAAGGAAAGGAAGGAAGCAACACCAGUGAACGGAGAAGAGGGAAGGAAUUAACGCCAUUCACUUACUAAAGGGAAGGAAAGGAAGCAACGCCGCUCACUAACUGGAAAUUUAGAGGAAAGGGAAGGAAGCAAGGCCAAUUAUUUACUGAAGGAAGGGAAAGAAGCAAGGCAAGACUCAUUAACUGGAGGAACAAACAGGAGGAAACAGCGAACCAAAGAAAGACAAGAGGCGUUCAUUGUAUUUUACCGUUGAAAAUUCGAUAUAUGUUAGACGAAAACACUCUCUUAUCACUUUUACGAAAAAAUAGGAAUAGAAAAGACGAAGUAAAAAAACAGUAAUUCAUUAUAUCCUGGCGAAGAAAACUAAAAAAAACUUGAAGGAGAAAAUACAGCAAGGAAAGAAUAGAAUAGAAAGACAAUUCCUCCUUUUAGUUUUACGUAAGCAUAGCAAAUAAAAGGAAAAAAAAAGAAAUUAAAAGAUUCAACCAGGAAGAAAAAAAAUCAUCUAAAACAUCCACUUUUCAAUUUGACGAGAAGAUACGAGAGAGGGAGAAACAAAAGUGGGAAAACAGAACAAAAAAUCCAGUAAGAAGAUUCCAUUGUACCUUAACACUGAAAAAUCGAGAGAAAGAGAGAUUAGGAAGAAAAAGACACAUCUCACUCUUACGCCAUGUUAUUAAGUGAAGAUCUAGUGACUCGCCUGAAGAGGAAGAAAAAGACCUGAGUGACUGAUUGAAAGAUAGUGUAGUGAGUAGAAGUGAAGAGAAGUGGCGAUCGGAAACAGUUAAGGCUAAGUAAUAGAAAACAGGAAUUAGGAACUGAUAAAACAACGCUCAUAACACAACGGUCACAACUUUCACUCCUUCCUUUCGAUCUGGAGUUUGGGAGGACCUGUUUAAAGAGAGAGAGAGAGAGAGAGAAAGAAAGAAACAAGACCCUCUCAAACGCAGCCUCUCCAUCUCAGAAUUCUCGCUCCCUUUGUGCCGGAGAGAAAAAUAAUAAAGUAGCUAUUGUCCUUCCGCGGCUUCCCUUCGCCUGAAAAAAUAGUGAGCGAGAGACACAGAGAGAAAUAAAAUAUAUAGCAAAAAAGAAUAACCACCUCCUCGUCCUCCAGGCAAACACACACACACACACACACACACACACACACACACCAUUACUCCGCCCAUCAGCUCAUCACCUUCAUACCUUCACCUCACUUCACGCCAGCCAGCUCCAGCCCACUCCAUUCCACCGCCCAUCUUAACCAUGGACCAAUUGGAGGCGACACCCACCCCGGGGCUCUCCGUAGCCAUCACCAUCAUGACUACUUUGCUCAACGCCACUAUGGAGGACUACCCCUCGCCAUGCCUCGACGCCUGCAACGCCUCAGCCUCCGCCUCCUCCAGCACCGCCACGGACGCUGACCACCACGGCAGUAAUGAGACUGAAAAGUACUGCAAUUCUCGGAGCUGGACGGAUUUCCGGGAAAGCUACCAGCCGGUGCACGGAUGCAUGUCGCUGGUGGUGUGUGUGUUCGGUUCCGUGGCCAACGUGAUCAACAUGGUGGUGCUGACUCGGCGCUCCAUGGUGUCCCCGACCAACGCCAUUCUGACAGGCCUGGCAGUGACCGACCUGCUGGUGAUGGUGGAGUACAUCCCCUACACCAUGCACCAGUACGUGUGGCAGUGGAGCUCCCUCACCGCCCGCUUCUCCUGGGGCUGGGCGGUGUUCAUCCUCUUCCACGCCCACUUCGGCCAGGUCUUCCACACCAUUUCCAUCGGCCUGACGGUGACGCUGGCGGUGUGGCGCUACAUCGCCAUCGCCUUCCCACAGAACAACGUCUCCUGGUGCUCCAUGCCGCGCACGCUCAGGGUCAUUGUCGCCGCCUUCUUCUGUUCGCUCAUCUGCAAUAUUCCUAACUAUCUCAACUUCACCAUCGUUCAGUUCCAGUACAAAGGAGAGACUCUGUACCGCGUGGACCUGAGUCGCCUGGCGCUAGCUCACGGGGAGAUCCUGAAGAACAUCACCUUCUGGAUAUAUUCCGUGAUCUUGAAGCUACUGCCGUGCGCAGCGCUCACCGGUCUCUCGGUGGCCAUUAUCAAGGAGCUGCUGCGCACCGCUCGCCGCCGCGCGAAGCUCAUGAACUCGUCGGGUCGCGCCAACGACGCUGAGAAAGUCGCGGAUCGCGUCACCAAGAUGCUGCUGGUGAUCCUGGUGCUGUUCCUGGCGUCUGAGGUGCCGCAGGGCAUCCUGAGUCUCCUGACGGUAAUACUUGGCUCAGAAUUCUUUCCGUGUUACCGCAACCUCGGCGAAACGAUGGACAUGUUGGUGCUGCUCAACAGCGCCAUCAACUUCUUGCUGUACUGCGCCAUGAGCAAGCAGUUUCGCGACACUUUCAGCGAGCUGUUCAAGCCGUGCUGCACGCCCGUCCUCUCGGUCCGCAAGAAGCGAUUCCUUCCCAGCUGGAUGACGGGUACCUUCACUGACCCGGGCACGGAGAGCAACAACACCUGCAUCACACAUGUGUAGCAGCCAGGCGGCGGUGGCGGUGGCGUCGGCGGCCGCGGUACGAAGCUCCCUGUGUCUUCUGAUGAAUGGUGAUUAGAAUUAAGUCGUAAGUUAGUGCAGAGGAGGACUGGAGACUCGCCACACGUGCAGUGAUCUCCAGCGUACACAGACGCCGAGCCCGGGACGUGACGCGGAAACUGAUGGACAGAUAGGUGUGAACGGAGCGUUCGUGGCACGUGUGAAUACAUUAAUGCGAUCACUGCAGCUUUUGUGGCGCACUCCAGAAGGGCGGGUGGUCUCUGUGUGCCCAUCUAUCCACCCCCAUGUCCCACCGCCCGGCCUCCACCGGGACAAAGACCCCACCAAGAGUAGGUGGAGUGUCAGUCUGUGUAUCUCCUUCCGUCAAUGAGGAGCCUCUCGCUACUUUUGUCCUCCCGGUGUCAACAUGGUGUCGUGUGGCCGCCCCAUGGACCCCUGUCCCCCGGUGUGCGGCCAGGGAGCAGCACAUGGCCGUGACCCGCGGGACGACCAUUGUGAGACAGUUAUUUGUAUUCCGCAAUUGCUUGUUAGCGUUGGGGUGGGAUGUCCAGCUGAGAUGAGGCUGGGGACACAUGCUCUCGCCUCUGAUCAUCGCCGGUAACGAGGCGUGGGAACAUCUGCUGCGGAUACAGAGCAAGUUUGUUUAGUCAAGACGCAUGAGCUAACGUCUGGGCGUCGCUUCGUGAGGCGCCGCGCCCUUAGAGUACAAUAGCGAGCUACCAUACGUUAAGGCCCGACCAGGGUGUCAGUGUCGUCACUCACUGGCGGGGCGUGGAUGCAGUGUUGCAGGAGUGUGUGUGAGUGUUUUACCAGGUACUAAGCACAGUGUUCUCAGUGUUAUAAUGUUUUGUGUAUGUAUAUUUUUAGCAGUGCAUAAUUUACGGCUACUACCUUGAGCGUCACUCGUCCGUGGCCUGAAGAUGUUGUGUUAUUCAUAUGUUGCACACCACUCCGUACAUACCCCUCAUACCUCCAGGCCUCCCCAUUCCUCACCCCUCCGUCACCUGCCCUUUUUCCUCCCUCGAGAGUAAAUUAUACAUUAACAUUUGUAUACCUGAGUCCAAGCCUCAUAUAUAUCACAAACCCUGCCCCUGCCCUCCCCUCUUCCCCCGACACCUCUCCUCCCGUUCCGUAAUACAGUAGAAGUUAUUUGUUCAGUGUUUUUCGGAAAGUUUUAAGCUUUAAGCCUAUUUGUGUAGUAACUCCGCGUUUUUUGUGUUUAUUUGUGUGUGUGUGUGUGUGUGUGUGUGUGUGUGUGUGUGUGUUAGAUUUUAAGGGCGCUAACAUGCUUUAAUGUUGAUAGAAAUAUUAUUAUAAACCACCUCCUCUCCAUCCUCCUCUUCAUCUUCCUAUUCCUAUUCCUAUUCCUAUUCCUCCUCCUCCUCCUCCUCCUCCUCCUCCUCCUCCUCCUCCUCCUCCUCCUCCUCCUCCUCUUCCCCAAAGAACAUUAAUGGAAUUUGGCUUGGAAGAAUUUCGAAGGAUUUGGGAGGUUGGAAAAGAUAAACACACACACACACACACACACACACACACACACACACACACAUGGAGAGAGAGAGAGAGAGAGAGAGAGAGAGAGAGAGAGAGAGAGAGAGAGAGAGAGAGAGAGAGCCAAGGUUAUGCACUGUAAGCCAAUUUAUGUAUGAAGUUAUGGCUUUCCCAUCGUAAUCUUGUUGAGCUGAGCCGAAGUGGGUUAGGGAAAGGUUAGCCAGCGCCUUACUCCUCCUACUCCUUCUUCUCCUCUAUAGUCUCCUCCACCUUCUCGAUCCUCUCUUCCUCUUACUCCUCCUCUCUCUCUCUCUCUCUCUCUCUCUCUCUCUCUCUCCGCAGGUCAGAUUCAAUUAGGUACAAGGUCAUCAGUGGUUGGCUGAUAAUUUCCCUUGAGCCAAGAGACAAGUAGUAAUUAUAAAUGCAGAUGAUCUAUUGCUUGCUGGACCUUCGACUAUUCCUCCACCACAACCACCACCACCAUCACCACCGCCGCCACCACCAUCGCCUGCAGUGUCGGGAGGCAUUAUGGGAAAUUCUAACCUGCUCCAUUUUGCGUCAUCUGAUACGUUCAGCAGACGGAGGAGGUGAGAGGAGGAGGAACAGGAGCAGGAGGAGGUGGUGGAAAAAGAGGAGGAAAAAAUAAAGUGAGAUUCGUGGAACAAUUAAAGGUUUCCAGAUGAACUUUGUUAAUUUGGCUGCUGUUUUUUUUUUUUUUUUUUCCUUCUUCUUUUUCUUGUUUUUUUUCUCCUCUUCCUUAUUGUCUGUUGUUGUUGU